CCCAGGUUUGACGUCAUUGGGGCUGGGGCCCCUCAGGCCUAAAUCUUAAACAAAUAGAACUGCCCCACCCCACAGGGGUGCCCUGAUAACGGGAGACCGCAGCUGCUUCGUCAUGAAGUGAGGCCUCUUACUGUCGUGGCCUCUCCCGUUGCGGAGCACAGGCUCCGGAUGUGCAGGCUCAGCGACCAUGGCUCACGGGCUCAGCCGCUCCACGGCAUGUGGAAUCUUCCCGGACCGGGGCACGAACCCGUGUCCCCUGCAUCGGCAGGCGGACUGUCAACCGCUGCGCCACCAGGGAAGCCCUGUAACAUCUUUAUUGGAGUAUAAUUGCUUUACAAUGCUGUCCAGUUUUCCCAGCACCACUUAUUGAAGAGGCUGUCUUUUCUCCACUGUAUAUUCUUGCCUCCUUUAUCAAAGGUAAGGUGCCUGGUCCUGCUUUUGACUUUUCUCCCUGACUCUGCCCAGGGUCCUCUCUGCCUCCAUCCCUCUGUACAGGGGCCCAUUGGUUUUGGAGGGAAGAGGGAGAAGAUGAAAAGGGAGGCAGCUAAGAAGACAAAGGGCAUGUGCCUUUGUGCAUUCUAGAGGGUUUACGUGACAAGUUUAUCCGUCUGUUGAGCUUACCCCUGUGUCUGGCAGAAUGACGGAUGGGUUCUAAUCUCUCUGCUACUGACUGUGUGACCUUAGUAAGUCAUUUACCCUCUUUGAGCCUUUGUUUUCCAGUUUUAAAGAAAGAGGGUAAAGUAGAUGGGCUCCAAAUUCCCUCUACAAAUCUGUCCUUGUGUUUGCCAUUCUGAGUGCCUUAUGAAAGGGUGUUGGCUGGGAGGAUGAGGGAGUCCCUUUUGCCGUGAGUGCACAAGGCAGGGGGUGGGGCGGAUAUCUGAUGAAAUUCGUGUCCCUGCCUGAGUAGCUAGGAUAUUUUAGAACAACUAAAACAAAAUAUUCAAAGACGAAAGUUCCCCCUUACCCAGAUUCCUCACCUAGAAGGCCACUAUGGCUGCGGUAACAGAACACCUGGGUUUGGGAAGAACUUGUCCUAAUCCACCCCUCCAUUUUGGGCCCACAUUCCUGAGCCCUUCGGUGACAUGGAUGAUAGAAAUUAAUUGCAGUUAAUAAUUAAUCCCUAAAGAGCAAUGAGAGGCCCAGGCUUGGGUGGGGCCCAGACACCUGCACAGAGGGACACCCUCAGCUUCCCUCUCUGUGUGACCAGGGACCCACCCCCUCAAGCCUCGAGACAUGGGGGAGAAGUGGGGCGCAGGAUCGAGGAAAGGGGACCACCCUCUAUUUCCCCAGCAGCCCAGUGAAUGGCCCUCUCCUGGGUCCUUAGAGCCAAACUGAGAGAACUGGCAAGUCCAGUUACCCAGCUUCCCCCUCCCAUCUCCCCACACACACCUGUGCUAAGGAUUGAGUGGGGAGUAGGAAGGCAGGCCAGUUAAGGAGAGACCAGCAGGCCUUCAGACAUCUCUUCUGUCCAUCUGAGAAGCAAGAAGCGAUAGAGCCGCGAUGGGGGCUGGGCUGUCCCUCUUCAUCCUCCUGACCCUCCUCGCCAGCUCACAGGGAACAGGGUCAGAAAUGACUUUGCAACUGAAGAUGAAGGACUCCUUUCUGGCAAAUUCCUCCUAUGAUUCCAGCUUCCUGGGACUGCUCGAGAAGCUCUGCUCCCUCCUCCACCUCCCAUCAGGGACCAAUGUCACCCUGCAUCAUGCAGGAUCCCCACACCACGUCACCUGCAAAGUCUGAGAGCGGUCGAAGCCUGUGCCCUUCUUGGCUGGGGCAUCCCGUCCCCAGGGUGCAGGUGCAAUGCCUGACCCCGUCUUUCAGCAGGCCCGCACCCUGCUGAGUGGCAGUAAAUAUGCUGAGCUCAGCGACUUGACUUUGUGGGUUCAUGAGCAGAGGGGCCGGCAGCAAAAUGGAAUUGGACACUCAAGUCUCUGACUCUCCCUUGUUAAGCAGAGGGUUUCCAGGGUGGGUGCUCUCUCCUAACACCAGUGUCAAAGGCCAGAAGGAAUCUGGGGAAUUAACUGCUUGGACACACACACACACACACGCCACACACACAUACACAUGUGCAUAUACACACACCCUUCAAGCUGCGUUCUUCAGAACACCUGGGAAUAAAGAAAAGGAACAUUUAUUGAAGUCCUGCUUUGUUCAAGGCAUGAGGCUUUCCCAUUUCAAUGCUUGCAACUAUCUUGCGUGUAGCAUAAUAGGUUUCAUUAUCCGAUUUUACAGAUGAGGAAAUUGAGGCUUAGCGAGUGUAAGUCACUCACUGAGGUCCAUUAGCAGUGGAGAGAUCUGACACCAGACAAAUGCCUUGGCUUAAGCAAGGUUUUCAUUUCAUCUCCCCCUGCUUAAGCUUUGGGACUGGGGGCUCAGGAACCUCAGACAGGGAUGUGAGCAGAACACCCCCAGGAUAUGGGCUGCCUGACCAAGGGAUCCACACAGGUCAGUCUGGGUAGGAGGUGGUGUGGGGGCCGUUCAGGUGAGAGAUGAGGGGUUCAGCUUGUGGGAGGAUGGCCAGCCUGGCAGAGUGGUGGGGAGAAGAGGAUGGGUGCUCUUGUGCUG